AGAAUAACUAAUGUGACAGACUGAGCAACAAAAAGCGUGACUUUUCCACAGAGCUCUCAGUGGCGGUAUGGACCCUCCUGAGAGGCUGGGGAUGUUCCGUGUUGUGUGCCUGUUGGCCGUGUUGGACACGGUGUGUCUGCUGGACACCGGCAUGCUCUUCCCCCGGGAGUCUUCCUCCAGAGAGGUGAAGGAGCUGAACGGGCUGUGGGACUUCAGGGCUGACAAGUCCCCAAACAGGAACCAGGGCUUCGACAGGGCAUGGUACAAAAGUCGCCUGGCAGAGACCGGCCCAGUGAUUGACAUGCCAGUUCCUGCCAGCUACAAUGACAUCACACAGGACCCCGCACUGAGAGAUUUCAUUGGCUGGGUGUGGUAUGAGCGAGAGGUGGUGGUGCCUGCUCGCUGGGUGGCCGAUGAAGGAACAAGAGUGGUUCUCAGAGUGGGAAGUGCUCACUAUUAUUCAGUAGUGUGGGUGAACGGGGUGAAAGUGACAGAGCACGAUGGCGGCCAUCUUCCUUUUGAGGUCGAGAUAGGCAGCUUAAUCCGCAAGGACCCAACUGUGCCGUGCAGGAUCACCAUCGCAGUCAACAACACUCUGACUCUGGAGACUCUUCCUCCAGGAACCAUCCAGCACAUGGACGACCGCACCAAGUAUCCUGAAGGUUUUUUUGUGCAAAACAUCUACUUUGAUUUCUUCAACUAUGCUGGCAUACAUCGUCCUGUAUUGCUGUAUACUACUCCUAAAGCCUAUGUGGACGACAUCACUGUGGUGACUGACUUCUUGGAUAACACUGGUCUAGUCAAAUACAAUGUGUCAGUCCAAGGUGCUGCCAAUGCCACCCUGAGUGUCACUUUGAUAGACAAAGAUGGCCGCUGUGUGGCCACCUCCAACGGGCCAGCUGGAGUGCUCAAAGUAGUCGAUGUCAAGCUGUGGUGGCCGUACUUGAUGCAUGACAAUCCAGGUUAUCUUUACUCUAUGGAGGUAAGACAACAUGGCUACAUACGCAUACAAACGCGCAACGGUGCUUUUUGUUUUUCUUAUAGGACAUUGAUACAACAUACCAAAGCUCUGGACCCUGCCCGGCCCGUCACUUACAUCACAGACAGUAAUUACGCCAGGGACAAAGGGGCUCCCUAUGUGGAUGUAAUCUGUGUAAACAGCUACUUCUCCUGGUACCAUGAUCCAGGCCACCUAGAGGUCAUCCCCAUCCAGCUCAACACUCAGUUUGAGAACUGGUAUGGAAAGUACCAGAAACCCAUCAUCCAGAGCGAAUAUGGAGCAGAUGCAGUGCCAGGGAUUCACAGUGAUCCACCUGUGAUGUUUACUGAGGAGUACCAGAAGGUAGUUCUGCAGAGCUACCACAACGUGUUCGACCAGAAGAGGAAGCAGUACGUCAUUGGUGAACUCAUCUGGAACUUUGCCGAUUUCAUGACUGUACAAGGAAUCACCCGUGUGGUGGGGAACAAGAAGGGUGUUUUCACCAGGCAAAGGCAGCCUAAAGCAGCUGCAUUCAUCCUGAGGGAGAGGUACUGGAGACUGGCCAAUGAAACAGGCAGACUACCUCCUUGGACCAAGUACCCCUGCUCACUAUGACACCCGCCAGCUGGGGCACCCAGUCCAGGACCGGCUCAAUCCCAUGUUAACACUAUGUCUAAGUAGUGUCUGAUGGAAAUUGCAGUUAAAAUUCGGUCAUUAGCUUGAAGCAGAAUAAAGCGUAUGUAGAACAUUUCAGUUUGGUGUGUACAAAUAAGGUCAAAACACCAUGAAUUACUGUGGUCUGCAAUAUGAACUAAACCACCAGUGUAAUCAGGGCAAUCUGCAACUUCUCAUCUAUGUUGCACAUUGAUAUAAUAAUUAGAAUUAUGUGUUGCUUUGGAUACACCUGAUGUGAGGUUGUAAGUUAAUUCAUUUAGCUGUUACAGGAUAUUCUCGAUACAGAUAUAAGGGGUGGUGCUUUCAUUGCUCUCAUAAAAAUGUCAAGAA